AUGAACUUGGUCCCUUAGUUAAAUCUUGAGCUUCAACCAUUUAACAAUCAAUAAGUGCCUCUUUUAUUACACUCUGAAAAAGAUAACAUGGAAGAAAAGAGGUCCUUCUUUACAGUCUUGUUUUUCUUGGACAUCUACUCAAUGAUGAAGGUAUUGGAAUCUAGAUAAUUUAGCAUUCUAAAAAAUACUCUCUUGAAAGUGACUAAAUCAAAGAUUUAAGAUAUCAGAAGAGAUCUCUCAAAUUACAUGAAUAGUUUUCUUGUUAACUAUAAAAGAACGGUAAACUCAUACAAUCGCUUUUAUUUUUCUUUCUGUGUAAAUAUUCGUUAUCAUAUUAGCUCCCCUUUUUAAAGAUAGCUCUGUAUGCCUUGGUUAAUUAAAACUGUAAUUGAUUAUAUCCAGAGUAAGCAUCGUAAUGAAAAUGAGGCAAUCUAUUUAAUUUUGUCGGUUUUAUUUCUCAGAAUCAUAAACAUUUUCACUUAAGCACACUCCCGAAGGAUGAUUCUUUGUAUCGGUUAUGAUGCUAUGUCAGUAGUCAGUAUGGAAGUAAUGAGAAAAUGUUUACGAAUUUCAUUAUUGAGUGCUACAGAAUGGUCGAGUGGAGAGAUAACAAAUUUGAUCUAAGUGGAUGCUCAGAAACUCAUCCUAAUUACUAGUUAAAUUUCAAGUGUGCUAAUGAUACCAUUGUAACUUGGAAUCAGUUUAUAUUUAAUGUAUAGUAUGAUUGGUCUUUCAUUUUUGAUCGGGUGUACAAUCAUAUUGAUAAUGAUACUUUUUAAUAUCUUUACAGGAAAGUAAAUCAUAAAAUCAUAAAGGACAUUAUUAAAGGAUAAAGACGAAAGAACAAAAAUAGCUAAUGAAAUAUUUUCUUCAAUUAAAUUUAUCAAAAUUAAUGCUUUAGAAGACCACUUUUUGUCCAAAGUAUCAAAAGCAAGAGGAAAGGAGAUUAAUAGUAUCAAAAAUAGACUCUAUUAUUAAGCUGUCAAUAUAUUUUCUGUAUGGCUGACACCCUAGUUAAUUUUGAGUAUGACAUUUGGAUUAUAUGUCUAUCUGGGGCAUUAAUUAAAUCCCAGCACUACUUUUGCUAUCAUAAGUCUAUUUUAGAUCUUGCAAUAACCUUUGCUUCAAUUACCAAUAGCAAUAAAUUCCUUGAUAGAGGCCAUGCUUUCAUUGAAAAGAAUAUCAAAAUUUUUAGACACCAAAGAUCUGAUGACUAAUUACACCCUACAGUAGCAGUUGAUGUAUAAAAUGGGAUAUUUUACUGGAACAACUACCUCAAUGGUUCUGUAAAAUUAAAUUAUGAUAUUGAAAAUCAAAAUCAGGGGAAUUGAUGAUGUUAAGGAGAAGUUUAAAGUAAAUUAAUAAGAAUCGCCAAUAUUAAAAAACAUAAAUUUGAAGAUUGAGCCUGGGAAAUUUGUUUCCAUAAUAGGAGAUGUAGGUUCUGGAAAGACUUCAUUGUUAUAGGCACUUUUGGGGGAAAUGGUAUACAUUGAGGGGAAUAAUUCACCUAGAAUAAAACUAAAUGGGAAAUUAGCAUAUGUUAGUUAGAAACCUUGGAUAUAAAAUGCAACGGUGAUGGAUAAUAUUAUAUUUGGUAAAUAGUUUAACUAGCAAUAAUAUGAAAAUGCAAUCUAUUAUUCUUGUUUAACUUAGGACUUGCAGAUUUUGAUUAAUGGAGAUUAAACUAUGAUUGGAGAAAAGGGAAUCAAUUUAUCAGGUGGUCAAAAGGCGAAGAAUCAGUUUGGCUAGAGCUAUUUAUAGUGA